GCAUCGUCUGCCUAUGAAAAUUUCGAGCGAAGUUGAGUCAAAAGAGCGAGCACAAGACAUACGAAGUUCUUCUUCGUGUUCGUUACAUACCAUCGUGCACAACGCAGACAUGUGCUACUCGUGUGAAUGCGCUCUAUGCAGCAGCUGCAUUGCUAGCAUCAAAAAUGGACGGAGGGCUGUUGUAUGAUUUACGCCCGCCGAAGCUGCUGCCGGCGGAGUGGCGCGCACGUGGCGCCGGUUUUCCUCAUCCGGGGGAGCGCCGCCCAAGAAGAGUAGUCUCAUCAAGACUUAAACAGCCUCCGUCACAAUGCCGGCGGCGGGGCAAGCAGAAGCAAGAGGAGAGCGGCGCGCAGCCCGCCCCGGCCUUCGAAGUCUUCCAGAGGUUGGGGGCCCUCCCGCGGCGCCCUCCCCAAGCCGUGGCGCCCCCUCUGGGCGAAGUGGGUCGCCCUCGAAUGGUAGCGCCCCAUGUUAUUGCCGGCACCCCCGGACGGGGCCAGGGCGGCCCGUCCCCCGGGCUGCCUCGUACGCG